AUGGUUGAGCUAAGUGCCCCUGCCCCGGUGGAUGUAACAGGAACAGCACACCACAUCCGUCAUGCUGUAGCUGUAGACGAGCAUCGUGUCAAGUUCAAGCCCGCCCUCCUUGCCCAAGACAUCAAGACCGUCACCAAGAAAGCCCGGACACCGGACACCGACAACAGUCGUGUCAAAGCUGCAACCAAGGAUCCUAAAAAGGAGGGUACCGAAAAAGAAGACAUCAGAGAAGUCUGGUUUCCUGGUCUAGACCGUCUUGCUUACCGUUAUACCCUCUUUUCUGGUAGCCACGGUGACGUCGGCAGAGGUUGGCCGGCUAUCCCGACAGGAUUGAAAGUCUGGCGGCGCUGGAAGUACAUUUUUGGAGGGACCAAGGUCGAUAAUCUAGACGAGCCUUUUCAAGAUGACGACUUGCAGAUGAGCGACAUGGCCCUCGAAUGGAUGAUCCGCAAGGUUGAAAUUGUCGGUAAACAACACCCUGGCUGCCAAGUGAACUGGUGGCAUACACUCGACGCUUUCAAGGCUGAAAAUGUAGAAGAUCGGGUCAUCAAGGGAUUCAUGCAUGACACCCUUAGUCUCGGUUACGGCUCAUCAUUUCUCAAGGUCUUUAUGUUGAAUCACAUUCAUAUGUCUUUCGCCAUCUCUCUUGGCAGGAGACCAUGA